CAAUGUUAUGCAUUUCAGACUAAAAUAGUUGACACCUUUCAGCUUUGUCUUGACAGAAGAUUUAAAGGAAUAUGGUCGAUAGUUUCCAACCGCAUGUGAGCUUUUUCUCUCACUCUUACAUCGGUUGACCUCAAACUGCAUGUAAACGGUGAGGGCAGGCUAUUUUUAGCUUGCUCUAAAAAUAAAGUAGAACGGUCAGCUAUGCCCUAGCUCAGAAAAGAUUCUCUGAAGUUUGCUUUUCCUUUUCAGCUAACCAGAGAGUGCAAACAUAUAGCUCAUUUCUGUGUCUCACCAAGAUGUUCCAUCUGAGUGCAUCUGGUCUUAAUCAGUUGUGUUUAGGUCAAGGAAAAAUAGAUUAUCAUCUUUUGUGAGUCAGAUCCUCUCCUCCUAUCUGAUGUCCAACAGUCUAUAUGGAAAGUAUUCAUUCCCAUUUGAUAUAUUCCACAUUUUGUUGUGAUACAGCCUGAAUUUAAAAUUGAUUGAAUGUAUUUAUUUUUCUCACCAAUCGACACACAAUACUCUGUAAUGACAAAGUGAAACAUUUAGCAAAUUUUUUGAAAAUGAAAUACAGACAUAUGUCAUUUAUACUGAACAAAAAUAUAAAUGCAACAAUUUCAACGAUUUUACUGAGUUACAGUUCAUAUCAGGAUAUCAGUCAAUUGAAAUAAAUAAAUUAGGCCCUAAUCUAUGGAUUUCACAUGACUGGGCAGGGGCCCACUUGGGAGCCAGGCCCAGCCAAUCAGAAUGAGUUUUCCCCACAAAAAGGGCUUUAUUAUGGACAGAAAUGAAACUCCUCAGUUUCAUCGGCUGGCUGGUCUCAGACGAUCCCGCAGGUGAAGAAGCCGGAUGUGUAUGUCCUGGGCUGGCGUGGUUACACGUGGUCUGCAAUUGUCUUAAAACCUGUUUUUGCUUUGUCAUCAUGGGGUAUUGUGUGUAGAUUGAUGAGGGAAUUUCUUUUUAAACCAAUUUAAGAAUAAAGCUAUAACCUAGCCUAAUGUGGAAAAAGUCAAGGGUUCUGAAUACUUUCCUAUACUAAAUACAUGCUGAUUGCUACAAUCCUGGAAAAAAGUAGUUUGUAAUUUUAAGCAGAAUAUUGAUCUUGUGUUUUUUGUGCCCCUAUGCAGAAAUAAAAUGUUAUUGAUAUAUAAAAUGUCAAACCUCCAUACACACACCCACACAUUGCUUUGUGUCAGGAGGAUGUCAGAGCCUUUGGCUUCACAGGAAGCUACUAGAGACAUAAAAACCUGUCCUCAUCCAGUGAGCCUCUGUCUUGUUUCUAUCUACCCUUUGGCCACAUCUGCGUAAAUGGAGUAGUUGCCUGAGCAACAGAGCAGAGGAGUGAGACGUUAUUCUCUUUCAAUAAGCCUAUAGAGCCAUACAGACAUAUACUGUAGCUAGAGAACAGCUGGUCAUGGGGAAUUGCCCCGUCAAAGGUCGAUCCAAUAUGCCAACCCUUGAGAAUCCAACUGAACCUGCACUGUCAGACAAUAACAGGCCCAUGGUGGUGUCCCUUUAUGACUUCCCCUCCCAAGAUCCCUUGGAAUCCAGCAUCCGCAUGGGGGAGAGGCUCACUGUGUUAUCAGAUGAUGGGGAUUUUUGGAUGGUGCGAUCCACAACAACAGGCAAUGAGAGUUACAUCCCCAGCCACUACACUGCCAAAGUAAUAAACAGGUGGCAGUAUAAUGGCAUCAGCAGGUUAAAUGCAGAGGAGCUGCUGCUGAUGCCACACAAUUACACAGGGGCUUUCCUGAUACGACAGAGUCAGACAAACACAGACACCUACUCGCUCUCGGUCCUUGGGAGGACCGACUCCUCGUACAUGGGCACAGUGAAACACUACCACAUCCGUCGCCUCCAAAACGGCUGGUUCUACAUCUCCCCCGGCCUCACCUUCUACACCCUGGGCCAAUUGGUGGAACACUACUCUGAGUCAGCAGAUGGGUUGUGCUGUUUACUGAGGGAGCCUUGCAUCAUCCAAGGCUCAAACAAUACUACUAUGACUAGACCGUACCCCAAAGCUAUCAGGAGGCCCACCCUCAACUGGAAGGAUGUAGACAGCUCAAUGAUCUUCAGUAAGGGCAGAGUGGAUUCAGAGGACACUCUGGUGAGCAAGGGGCUGAGGGAGGCCAUGAGCUCAUACCUCUACAUGACAGAGGCCAGCUGCCAGGACUGUGGCAAACACUGGGAUACCUGAUGAGAGGGAAGACUGAGAGUAAAAUAAUAAUACACAAUACUGUCUGGUCUGUCGCUGCCGCUGCACAACGGUACUAGGCCAGAAAGGGUGACCUAAACAAAAGCAUAGAGGAAGUUAAAAAAAAGUAAGCCUACCAUUUACAACCACAAUGAAAAAAUGAAAACUACAAGCACAAUUCAUGUCUUGAUGGUCAAAUGUGGGUUUGGGUUCAGGUAGCCACAAGGAGCCGUGUUACUUGUCAUUUCUAAUGCUACUGGUUCUUGUUCUCAAGAGCACAUUUCACAAGGUGAAACUAAUGAUUUAUAUAUAUAUAUAUACAUAUAUAUAUACACACACUAGAUGACUGACAGGGGGUGCACCUCCAUCUUGUCACUCCCCCACCCUUGCAAAAAAUAUUUAGGAAGUUAUAGAAAUGCAUGUAUUAAUGUGUACAUUAAUUUUUGCCAUGUUUAUUCUAUUACGGACACCUUAAUGCAUACUAUUACAUUAUAUGAUGUGAGCUAAACAUAAACAUUUAAAAUACAAAUAUAUAUAAAAACAUACUUUCUUAAGUAUAACUUGUUGAAAGUACUAAUGUUACUGUCCCCACUACAACAACAAACACUUAAAUAUGUGUAAUUGUGUUCUUGAAAUAUUUAAUUGAAAAACUGUAGAAUUCCAUUCAUUCCUAUGGAGCAGGGUUUCUCAAACUCGGUUUUAGUUUUCUUCCCUGUCAUUACACAGCUGAUUCAAACCCCAAAGCUUGAUGGUGAGUUGGUUAUUUGAAUCAGCUGUCUAGUGCUAGGGCAAAAAAAUCUAAAGCUGCACCCAGGGGGGGUCCAAGACCGAGUUUGGGAAACUGCUCCUUCUGGGGAGUGACAAUAUGGCCGACCAGUGGCUUUAAAGGUUCUUAUUGGCCAAUACAUAGUAUCAGCAAUCCAGGGUUUAUAUACAUUGGAUGGAACUCAGAGGUCUUAUGAUGUGAGGAGGAGCUCUUCCUUUCAGCUCAUGGAAGGUUUCAUACUGUUUGUCCACACAGAAACACCGAUGUAUUGGUCUAUUUUGAAAAAAGGAAGAUCACUGAAAUACAAUAAUGUUGUAUCUGGACUAUGAAUGUUUGUAUGAAUUAAAUGCCAUGUCUGAGUAAAGGACGUCACGCUGCUUGCAUUACAAGAAUAAAUUCCUCCCAUACCUGGCGCGAACUCCGGACUUCUGCCUUGCUAGCACACGUGACCACCCUUCUGAAGCAUUUUUCCACUCGACGCCAUGAGAAAAGCUAGCGCAAAUGGAGACACUUAAGGCUGAGGAGUACAUUUCACACAUCCCCAUAUAACUUGAAACUAACUCAGACGUUUUUACCCGAAUAUGGCUGCGGGUGAUAAUGAGUAAUAAAUAAAUAGUUCUGAUUGAC